AUGCAGAUCUCCAAGUCAGCUCUCAUGAAGCUACUGUUCUUCCUCCUUGCCACGACUCCUGACCUCGUCGCUGGAGGAGUUGUCCCUCAGUCAGCCAACCCACCACCCUGCAAGGACAUCGCAUGGGAUGAGCAUAAGAACGGCUUGCAAACCAGAAUCUGCACUGAGUCACACCCUUCAAUGAAAACAUAUGGAGCACAAUCAAUGAUUGCCAAGCGUUCCAACGACAACACUGUCGACAAAUUCGAGUCUACUUUCUCGUCUCUCAUGCCAAAUACAGAGGCAGAUAGGAAUAAUUGUGCCGGCGUCCCAACCAACACCACAACUUCCACCUUGGACAAAGUUCCAGAGCAGGACCAAAGUUCCAAUGGAUCCAACAAUACCACCAUCACCCGCCGGGAUAUUUGCACUUCCCGCACUCUCCCUUACCGCUCGCAACUGGUCGACAUCCCCGAAACCUCGUCAAAGAGCUGGUGUUUCCGCCCGGGCCCCACCCCAAACAACAACGACAUAACCUCUCUCUGCCGCAACAUCGACCAACUCAAAUACUUCGGCGCCCGCGAGUCCACAAAGCUCCCCUUCCACGAUGACUAUGUCGUGCAACGCGCCAAGGCUUCCCCAUCUUCCAUAACCACAGCAGGCAUGACACGCGACAACACCACCGUCGCCGUCGAAGCCAGCGGUUCGUGUGUCUGCGUCGCAGGCCGCGAACGAACAGCCGGCUUCAAAGUCUGCAACUGCGAUCGCUGCGACGCCCUAGUAAUCAACCGCGGCCUCGCAGACAUGUGCAAAACCCUACAAACGCAAUGCACAAGCCAAGGUUUCUCCAGCGGCUACAUCAAAUCCUCCGUCGGCUCCAGCCUCUCCAACUCGAUCAUCUCGCUCUUCACAUACCCGGAUGCCAAAGGUCCCAAGUCCGAGCCUAUGGAGCUGGAUCCUAUUCUUGGAGAGGAUGGUGUGCUGGAGAGUAGUUGUCGGAGUGGGGAUGAGGAGAGGAGGGGACAGGAUUAUACGGGCCCGGUGAUUGAGUGUUGGGAUUGGGUGGUGGGGAGGUUUAAGGGGGGACGCUGGUGUAGGGAUGUGGUUAGAGGUGGGGAGAGGGUUUGGGUUAAGGAGAAGGAGGAUCCGAUGGAGAAGUUGAGGGGGCGGAAGAAGGGGGAGUUUAGUCAGUUUGGGGAUAAGUAG